AUGCCGUCGUCCCACUCAGCAACAGUAAUUGCUCUUGCAGUGGCUGUUGGUUUGCAGGAGGGCUUUGGAGGAUCACUAUUUGCGUUGGCAUUUAUCUUGGCAUGUGUGGUGAUGUAUGAUGCAACGGGCGUAAGAUUACAUGCUGGAAGACAAGCAGAGGUUUUAAAUCAAAUUGUAUGUGAACUUCCAGCUGAACAUCCUCUGUCUGAGAGCAGACCACUGCGUGAACUUCUUGGUCACACACCUACUCAGGUUGUUGCUGGUGCUCUGCUGGGACUUAUUACAGCAACAAUUAUCCAUUUGAUCAAUGGCUCUGGCAUUCGAGCUUGA